AUGUCCCAAGCCGCACAGACCCCAGUCGACAUCACGACGCUCUCCGUGCAGCAACUCUCGGCGCUGCAGGCGCGGCUGUCCCAGGAACUGGAGCAUCUCAGCACGUCGUACCAGAGGCUGCUCGCCGCGCAGUCGCGCUUUCGGGACUGCAUACGCAGCAUACAGGACGGGGUGCAGGGGCGGAGUGGAGAAACGCCGCUUCUCAUUCCUCUAACAACGUCGCUCUACGUCCCCGGCACCUUGGCCGCGCCCAAACCUUCCUCCCCCUUCUCCUCCUCGUCGACGACGACGGACUCACCCUCACAAUCUUCAGAAAAGGCCCCCACGGUCAUGGUCGACGUGGGCACGGGCUUCUUCGUGGAGAAGACGCCCGCGGACGCGACAAAGUUCUACCAGGGCAAGGUCGACGAGUUGGCCAAGAACCUGCAGGAUAUCGAGAAGGUCGUGGGCGGCAAGAGUGAGAGCCUGAGGAUCGUCGAAGAUGCCCUGCGGCGGAAGAUGGUCGAGGAACAGCCCGCGCAGUUCGGCGCUGGGCGGCAGGCGGCAGCCGCUGCUGCGAGUGGGAGCGGCGCUGGGUAG